CUCCCUGCCUGGGCUCGGUUCGGCCCCAUCCUCCGGCCGCCGCGCUAGCGCCAUGGCCGCCUAUAGCAAGUACCUGACCGCGCGUCAUUCCGUGGUGGCCGGCGCGGCCGCCUGCGUCCUGCUGUGCCUGCUCAAGAAGCGCCGGAGAGCGGCUGCCAAGCACAGUGCUAUCAUUGGUCGCAGCAGAAAAGAUUUCAAGAAAUACUUAUUCAACUUCAUCGCUGCCAUGCCUGCUAUCUCCCUGGUAAAUAACUUUUUGAAGUAUGGGCUAAAUGAACUUAAACUUUGUUUCCGAGUAAGACUCACCAAAUACCUCUAUGAGGAAUAUCUACAGGCUUAUACGUAUUACAAAAUGGGAAAUCUGGACAACAGAAUAGCUAAUCCAGAUCAACUGCUCACACAGGAUGUGGAAAAAUUCUGUAACAGUGUAGUGGACCUCUACUCAAACCUUAGUAAGCCAUUUUUGGAUAUAGUUUUGUAUAUCUUCAAGCUGACAAAUGCAAUAGGAGCUCAGGGUCCAGCUACCAUGAUGGCCUACUUGAUAGUUUCAGGCUUUUUCCUUACGCGUCUAAGGAGGCCCAUUGGCAAGAUGACAAUUGCUGAACAAAAAUAUGAAGGGGAGUACAGAUUUGUCAAUUCACGGCUCAUUACAAACAGUGAAGAAAUUGCUUUUUAUAAUGGGAAUUUAAGGGAAAAACAGACGAUUCACAAAACCUUUCAUAAACUGGUGGAACAUUUGCAUAAUUUCAUCUUGUUUCGGUUUUCUAUGGGAUUCAUAGAUACUAUUAUUGCCAAAUACCUAGCUACUGUGGUUGGUUACCUGGUCGUUAGUCGUCCGUUUCUGAACCUAGCUCAUCCUCGUCAUCAAAAGAGUACCCAUUCAGAACUCCUAGAGGAUUACUACCAAAGCGGAAGAAUGUUGUUGAGAAUGUCUCAAGCUCUGGGCAGAAUAGUCCUGGCAGGCCGUGAAAUGACCAGAUUGGCUGGCUUCACAGCUCGAAUUACAGAAUUAAUGCAAGUACUAAAGGACUUGAACAGGGGCAGAUAUCAGCGUACUAUGAUAUUGCAACAUGAAAAAGAUGGAGAUAGAACCCAAACGAUUCCCUUGAUACCUGGGAGUGGAGAAAUUAUCAACACUGAUAAUCUUAUCAAGUUUGAUCAUGUUCCAUUAGCAACGCCUAAUGGAGACAUUUUGAUUCGAGACCUUAAUUUUGAGGUUCGGUCUGGUGCAAAUGUUCUGAUUUGUGGGCCAAACGGAUGUGGGAAGAGUUCACUUUUCCGUGUUCUUGGCGAGUUGUGGCCUCUGUUUGGUGGAUGUCUAACCAAGCCUGAGAGAGGAAAGCUUUUCUAUGUUCCUCAGAGACCAUAUAUGACGCUAGGAACCCUCAGAGACCAAGUAAUAUAUCCAGAUACCGUAGAAGACCAGAGGAAGAAGGGGAUAGCUGACCAGGUGCUGAAGGAGUACUUGGAUAAUGUCCAGUUGGGUCAAAUCCUGGAACGUGAAGGUGGCUGGGAUAGUGUUCAAGACUGGAUGGAUGUGCUCAGCGGAGGAGAAAAACAGAGGAUGGCAAUGGCAAGGUUAUUUUAUCAUAAACCUCAGUUUGCAAUUCUGGAUGAAUGUACAAGUGCUGUUAGCGUUGAUGUAGAAGGCUACAUUUACAGUCAUUGCCGGAAAGUUGGCAUCACUCUCUUCACUGUCUCUCACAGAAAGUCCCUCUGGAAACACCACGAUUUUUACCUGCACAUGGAUGGUAGAGGAAAUUACGAGUUCAAGAAGAUAACUGAAGACACAGUUGAAUUUGGAUCUUAAAAUCCAUAAAGCUGCAACUACUACAGAGACUGAUAAUUACAGAGAACAUGUAGAAAGGAAAAGUACAUAGCAAGAUAAAACUACUUGGCUUGUUUUUAAACAAAUUAACUAGGUAUAGGAUAAUCCAAAGCAAGCUAUUAAGCAUUUAUUAUUAUGUAGGAUAUUGCUAAUUGUGUAUAUGUUGGUUUAAUUAUUAAUAUGUACUAAGAAUGUCCUUAUUCUUGUGGUUAAAAACCUGCCUAAAUUAAAUUGGGCUUAAAUCAAUAUAACCUGAUUCAUCUGGGAUGUAAACUAUUUGAAGUCAGCUGAUUUGACUUUUAUGGACCUUUCUUUCCUUCAGUGAAGAACUCUGUUAAAAUUAGGGUUAUUACCUCUCCUGUUUCUGGCAACAAUUCUGGAUUUUCACUAUCUAGUCUAUGCAUACUUCUGAAUUAUCUCACAUGAUGCAGGAUAUCCUCCCCUUUUCAUAGCUAUAACCUACUAUCCUGUACAGUGCCAGACCUGGGUAGAGGCCAAGCUUUGUGAUAGGUGUUGUAUGUGCACCAUUUAUGGUGCAGGAUGGACUGAAUCCAAGAUGGCAGGAGCCUAAUUCCCUCUGCUAUUAAAGAGAUUAGACCUGAUCCACUGUGGAUCCAUAGGCCUUUUCAGCCUGUCUGUCCACAGUUCUCCUGUGCUUCUCACUGUCUCCCAUUCUUCCCCCAUUCAACAAAAGCAAUGCUGAACUGUUUUCUCCUCCUCCCCCAGAAAAGGGAGUGGAACCAAAUGGGGAGAUUUGGGAAGAAAUUGAGAUGGAAGGGAACUGAAAGAAAAAAUAAUAGUAGUGAAAAUGGUAUUCUGUAUUUCAGGGGUCAGGGUCCCUGAAUAUUUUUCAUUUGGAGUUGCGUAGACACACAUGACAGCCCUGGGAAGUUGAGAAGUAUGAUUUUAGUUCCCACAGCAAUGGUGGAGGAGGGAGAAUUAUUAAAGGACCUAUCUGCCUAUUGAAGUCAUAGGAGCUUUGCCACUGACAUUAAUGGGAUCAAGAAUUGGGCCCAAAGUGUAUCCUUCUAAAACACUUAGCAUGCCUCCUUGAAAGCAACAUUUUGUUGCUCAGUAGCAGACUUCCAAUUGUCCUCUUUGCUCCCAUUCUUGGGAUGUGUGGUGGUGGUCUUCCAUCAGAGUCCUCCUUUGUCCCUCUUGUUAAAAUAGGAUGUACCCUGUCCAGCUGCUGUAUAGGUUUGGGUUUUAAGAGGGAGUGAUGAUGAUGGUAGCCUCUGUUUUGCUAUCCACUUUUUUUUAUGUGAUGUCUGGGAUGCCACAUCUCAAAAUUCAUCAAAAUUUGACUCCACAUCCUGAGGGUUUUUAGGCAAUUUUAAUGUAAAUUAGUAAAUCAUACGACAAUGGUCCUCAAACAGUGGGCCAUGGAGUGCUGGUUCUUUUAUUACAACUGCCAAAUCUCAUUAAAAGACAGCUAAAAAUACAUUAAAUACUUUCCUAAUAUUACUUUUCCAUGUAAACAAUUACUGUAGUUGCCACAUGAUUUUAAGUGAUCACAAAUGCAAAAAGAGAUGGUUUGUGUGAUCAGGAAUGGGAGGCUGGUGGUCCAUGAGACUGUGUACACUAUGAAAACAUUUAAAAAUCCCUGCCAUACACUGAUGUUCUUCUGGUGGCUUUGUAGUGUUGCACACAUGAUGUAACAUAGGAAUGCACUACAUGAAGACAUGCACUAAAUACACAAUAAAUGUGAUCUCUGUA